GCUUCUCGCGCAGUUCUGAGGGAGAGAGGCCUCCAGGGAGAGGACUUCCUUUCUCUGCUGCCCGGACCCGGAACUCAAGGACUUAGGCUUGACGGACCUGGCGUGGGGAAGAGUUAGAAGACGGACAAGGGAGGGGACGGGAGGCCUCCGAGACAGCGCCGGAAGUACGGUUUUCGGAGGGAUCAGACUCAGACUCACGUCGCACUCCUUGCAGUUGGACUGGUGGGAACUGGGAACACUGGAGACCUGAUUUCGAGCUGACGCUACCGUCGCGGCCGCCGGCAAGUUCCUUUACUGUGUUUUCUUGGUUCAGCCUUGAAGUGAGUCGUGGACGAUCCUCUCUCAGAGUCCAGCCUAGACGGCGGGGUUGCUCCGGCAGCGUUCCUGGGAGCCGAGGGCCAGAGACUUAAGUAACAGUCCUGGGUUCUGAGCCUGCCAUCCAAGGAACUCAGGAGGAGGAGUUGACAGUCUCUUCGUUCCUAACCAGCGUGGCACAACUUCAGCAUGUCUCAGGCCACCAAGAGGAAGCAUGUGGUGAAGGAGGUGCUAGGGGAGCACAUAGUGCCCUCCGACCAGCAGCAGAUUGUCAGGGUACUCAGGACCCCAGGGAACAAUCUGCAUGAGGUGGAGACAGCCCAAGGGCAGCGCUUCCUGGUGAGCAUGCCCUCCAAAUACCGCAAGAACAUCUGGAUCAAGAGAGGGGACUUUCUCAUUGUUGACCCCAUUGAAGAGGGAGAAAAGGUGAAGGCUGAAAUCUCGUUUGUGCUCUGCAAGGACCACGUGCGCUCUCUGCAGAAGGACGGGUUUUGGCCCGAGGCCUUCUCUGAAGUGGCUGAGAAACACAACAACAACAGGAACAGACAAACUCAACCAGAACUCCCAGCUGAGCCACAGUUAUCAGGAGAGGAGUCCAGCUCAGAAGAUGAUUCUGACCUGUUUGUUAACACAAACCGCAGACAGUAUCAUGAGAGUGAGGAGGAGAGCGAAGAGGAGGAGGCAGCCUGAGACUCCAGGACCCAAUUCUCCACUUGCUCAGGGACUGGCCCCUGGCUCUUCUGGGCUUGGACAUUCCCAGGGUGCUCUGCAGAUCUUCACCCCUGCAUGAGGACAAAGCAGGGCUCCUCUCUGAACUGAUCUUUUGAUUCAGAGAAUUAAACCCCUGGUGGGUUGGUGACUUGUUCUGGUGUCUGAGUGGCUCUCUCGGGGGUGGGAGAUUGUGAUGAAGUGAAAAACUGCUCCCUAUUUAUUAGAGACCUUGUGGGUGGGUGGGCUGAAUGGGGAGGAAAUGGGAAAUGGCUGGAGUCUUUCCCAGUUGGUUUGUUCUUAUUGGGCACUUAGAAAGUGCCAGGCCGUGCUCUGGGCCUCCUUGCAUGUGUUUAACAGCUGGGAGCACUCCUGCUUCCUUGCCUGCUUGCAGUUCAUACCAAUUUAAGCAUUCAGGAUGACAGCCCUAGGACCUAACACCCACCUGCCUCUAAGAGACGCUCAGGAGCCCAUGGUGCCUCGUGCUGUUCUCUCCGCCUUUCUAGUCACCCUGUGUACCGGAGUGCUCACCUCCAGCUACUGUGUCCAUCCCCACAUGCGACCUCAUCUCUCCCACUCUGCACCAUCUAUCACUUCCAGAAGGUGGCUGGCAAAUCUCUCUAUCCUUAACUUUGUUUUGAAUGGUCCAUCCGUCUCCUGACUUUAUUUGAAACCUGAUUAUUCCCUGAGGACAUUGAUUGUCUUAUAACCUUUUAAAUAGAGGCUGCUUUUCCACCCUCACCCUUCAUUCUUCUAACCAGCCCUGACAUUCUCAUGAUUAACCUUCUGCCUUCACUUCCCUCUUGUGUAGCAUCAAUUCCAUAGUCCACCCUACACCCCCGCCGUCUCCCUCCAUUCUGUUCCGCUAGUAAAACCCUAACCUUGGGUAAACCCAAUCAUUCACCUCUGUGCCCAAACCCAAGUCACCAUCAUUAGGUGAGAAAACAGCCAGCCUGGCCACCAGUUGUACCUUACGUUUAUCAUUACAAACCUCAGAUGGACACUAAGCACUGCCCAGCAGAUCUACUCUGGGAUGUCUGUUUCAAAACUUCUGUCUUAUCUAUCAAUUCCCUCUUCUUAGUGGUAGUUACCACAACACAUGCCUCAUUAAGAAACAGCAACCAUCAGAGGGAAUGCCUGCCUCCCCGUUACCAGCUCUGCAGAUGUGCACAUAUCUUCCUGUCGUAAGCCAAUGGGACUUAAACCUUACCUCUUGUGUUUUGGAGACUAUCUCUCUCUUUUUUUUUUUUUUUUUUUUUUGAGAGAGUGUCUCCCUGUGUUGCUCAGGCUGGAGUGCAGUGGUGUGAUCUCGGCUCACUGUAACCUUCACCUACUGGGUUCAAGUAACUCUCCUGCCUCAGCCUCCCGAGUAGCUUGGACUACAGGCGUGCAUCACCACACCUGGCUAACUUUUUGUAUUUUUAGUAGAGACGGGGUUUUGCCAUGUUGCCUGGGCUGCUCUCGAACUCCUGACCUUAAAUGAGCCUCCUGCCUCGGCUUCCCAAACUGCUGGGAUUACAGGCGUGCGCCACCAUGCCUGGCUAAUUUUUAUAUUUUCAGUAGAGACGAGGUUUUGCCAUAUUGGCCAGGCUGGUCUUGAACUCCUGACCUCAAGUGGUCCACCCACCUCAGCCUCCUAGAGUGCUGGGAUUACAGGUGUGAGCCACUGUGCCCGGCCUCUUUUGCUUUCUUAAAGACUUUGGUCGGGUAUUUGUGUUGAGUAUUGUUGUGUCUGGGUUUGGGUAUUUGAUUCUUUUUUUGUUUUGUGUUUUUGGGUGUCCUGUCUAUUGGAUGUGAUAUGUUAUGGAUGUGAUGUGUUAGUGUCGAGUGUGCUGUAGAAUCUCCCAUUUCUGAAACAGGCGUGAAAACCUGUACUGAUUCCCACGUCCUCCAGCUACCACUUCAUUUAUCUGUUUCUCAUUUACUUCCUCUUAUAGCGUGGCUUUAAACAUAUAUACAUUUGUAUAUAUGUAUGUAUGAAUAUACAUGUAUAAAAUGUAUGUAGAUGUAUAUACAAAAAAUAAACGAGAUGGGUUAAAGAUA